AUGGAUGAGAUCGCCCCCGAAUACGAUGUCAUUGUGCUCGGCACUGGUCUGACCGAGUGUAUUCUCUCUGGUGUUCUCAGUGUCAAGGGCAAGAAGGUGUUGCACAUUGACCGCAACGACCACUACGGAGGAGAGGCUGCUUCAGUGAACCUCGAAACGCUAUUCAAGAAGUACGGAAACUUCCAAGAAGGCUCCAAGCCCUGGGAGAAGUAUGGCCGUCCCGCAGACUGGAACAUCGACCUGGUGCCCAAGCUGCUGAUGUCGUCUGGAGAGCUGACCAACAUCCUGGUCUCUACCGAUGUCACCCGCUACCUCGAGUUCAAGCAGGUUGCUGGCAGCUACGUCCAGCAAGGCGCUGCCUCCAAGGCCACCGUUGCCAAGGUGCCCUCAGAUGCCGCCGAAGCUCUGCGAUCGCCCCUCAUGGGCAUCUUCGAGAAGCGCCGUAUGAAGAGCUUCAUCGAGUGGGUAGGCACUUUUGACGCUGCCGAUGCCAGCACGCACAAGGGUCUCGACCUCUCCUCGGUCUCCAUGAAGGAUGUCUACGACAAGUUUGGCCUCGAGACCGGCACCCGGGACUUUAUUGGCCACGCCAUGGCUCUGUAUCUCGAUGACAGCUACCUCACUGCCGUCGGUAAGGCUCCGGAGGCCAUUGAGCGCAUUCGCCUUUACGGUAACUCGGUGGCUCGCUACGGAAAGUCUCCCUACAUCUACCCCCUGUACGGUCUCGGCGAGCUCCCCCAGGGCUUUGCCCGUCUGUCGGCCAUCUACGGAGGUACCUACAUGUUGAACACCUCUGUCGACGAGGUUCUGUACGAAGGCAGCAAGGCCGUCGGAAUCAAGGCCACCAUGGGCGGUAUUGAGCCCGAGAUGAAGUUUGAGACCAAGGCCAAGUUCAUCCUUGGUGACCCCAGCUACUUCCCCCAGAAGGUGAAGGUCGUCGGCCACGUCCUGAAGGCCAUCUGCGUGCUGAAGCACCCUCUGGCUGGUACCGGUGACGCCGACUCGGCUCAGCUCAUCAUUCCCCAGUCCCAGGUUGGCCGCAAGAACGAUAUCUACAUUGCUUGUAUCUCCUCGGCACACAACGUUUGCCCCAAGGGCUACUACAUUGCCAUCGUCUCGACCAUUGCCGAGACCUCUGCCAACCACCACCUCGAGCUCCAGCCUGGUCUGGAGCGUCUUGGCCAGAUUGAGGAGCAAUUCCUGGGCCCCCCUAUCCCGCUGUACGAGCCUCUUGAGGAUGGUUCCAAGGACAACAUCUUCAUCUCCAAGAGCUACGAUGCCACUUCGCACUUUGAGACCACCACCGACGACGUGCAAGAUAUCUACAAGCGUGCUACGGGUGAGGAGCUCAAGGUUGAGGGCCUGCGAGAGGGUCUUCAGGUGUCUGAGGAAUAG